AUGGAAGGAAUAUUAUGUGCAAGUCCAGGAUGUGGUAAACCAGCCAAACUUCAAUGUCCAACAUGUGUAAAUCUCAAACUUGAAACACCAUCACAUUUUUGUUCACAAGAAUGUUUUAAAACAUUUUGGCCACUUCAUAAAAUGUAUCAUCAAAAAGGACAACCAGAAAAUUUACCAUCACAAUUUAGAAAUUAUAAAUUCACAGGUCCACUUAGACCAACUAAUAUUACACCAAUGAGAAAAGCACCUGAAGGUAUUGAAUUACCAGAUUAUGCAAUUGGUUCAAUCCCAAUUAGUGAAAGAGUAGCAGAUAGAAAGAAUAUGGCAAAUAUUAUUCAUACACCAGAAGAAAUUGAAAUUAUGAGACAAUUAGGAAAAAUGUCAAGAGAAGUUUUAGAUAUUGCAGGUAAUGCAGCAAAAGUUGGAAUGACUACAGAAGAAUUAGAUAUUAUUGUACAUAAUGCAGUUAUUGAAAGAGGAGCAUAUCCAUCACCAUUAAAUUAUUAUAAAUUCCCAAAAUCAUGUUGCACAUCACUUAAUGAAGUUAUUUGUCAUGGUAUUCCAGAUGAAAGACCAUUAAGAGAUGGUGAUAUUUUAAAUGUUGAUGUUACAUUAUAUUGGAAAGGAUUUCAUAGUGAUUUAAAUGAAACUUAUCUCAUUGGUAAUGUUGAUGAAAGAGGUAAGAAUUUAGUUAAAUGUGCAUACGAUUGUUUGGAAUUAGCAGUUGCAAUGUGUAAACCAGGUACAUUAUACAGAGAAUUGGGUGACGCAAUUCAAAAGCAUGCAAAUAAACAAGGUUUUUCAGUUGUUAAAAACUUUUGUGGUCAUGGUAUUGGAAGAUUAUUCCAUUGUAAUCCAACCGUACCACAUUAUUCAAAGAAUAAAGCAGUUGGUGCUAUGAAAGUUGGUCAUGUUUUCACAAUUGAACCAAUGAUUAAUGAAGGUACUUGGCAAGAUGAAAUCUGGCCAGAUAGUUGGACUGCUGUAACUGCUGAUGGUAAAAGAAGUGCUCAAUUUGAACAUACUUUGGUUAUCACUGAAACUGGUUGUGAGGUUUUAACUAAAAGAACAAAUGGUUCUUAUAUUGAUAGACAUUUUAAAUAA